AUGAGCAUGUACCCGGGGUGGACAGGCGACGAUUCCUAUUGGACGACGCCGCCGCUGGUCGGCGCCGGCGCCACAGCCGCCGUCUCGGCCGCCGGCGCCGGUGGCGGCAGUUCGGCCCUCAAACAGAGCUACGAGCUCUACAAUCAGAGCUACAUGAACAACAUGAAGAAUAUGUUGGCCGCCCAAUGGGUCGAGAAUUCCAAUCCGUCGGUUUUUUUCGUCCUUAUGAAAGGAAAUCAUGAAAUUUUUUUAUUGAAUCUUCAUUUUUUUGGAUAGAUUUGGCCAUUUUUUUGAUCAUAAUAAGCUUGUUAGAAAGUUUGAGUAAAACUUAAGAACUGUAAGAAAAAAAGAUUCAAUUGGCUAAAGCAGAAAUUUCCGAGUUUAGUAGCCUAAAAAAAUCGAAAAAAAUUACAACUUUUAAACAAGUUUUUUUGGAUUGAAAAAAAUUUCAUUGAAGUUUUCCUUUACCUCAUUUUUUUCAGCUUCAAAAAAAUUCUUAAAAAGUCGUUAGAAUUCCAUUUUUAUAGUUCAAGUAUCAUUUUCAAUUUAUAGUUUUGGAAUAAAGGUAGUUUUUUUCUCGAAUAGUUUUUUUGCAUUUCUUUUUAAAUCGAUAAUGUACUCAAAAAAACUUUUUUUAAAUCAUUUUAAGCCUCUCGGAAUUAAAAAAAUAAUGCUUCUCUUCAAACCUUGAUCAAAAAGAAAGAAAUUCAAGUGGUUAAAUUUUUUUUGAAAAUUUCUCAAGGAAACCUACACCUCAUCAUCAUUAUAAUCGGCUGGAAUUUUGUUCAAAAGCCUGCAAAAAAUAUUAUCCUUGAGAGGAGUCGAACCUUCGACCUCCAGAUCAACGAGCAAAGUUGCUAGCCACUUGACCAUGAGCUCCAGCGAGACAGUGACCUUUCAGGUUCGCCUACAAUCCCCUGCAAGCCUCGACGGCGACUUUCGGAGAGACGAGGUCCUCCUCGAUGCCCCUGCCACAGCCCGUGUUUCCUUGGAUGAAGAUGGGCGGUACGUUUUUCUCAAUUUUUCAAUAGCUGGUAGUUUUUGCUGUAGGUCAUUAGGCGUAAAUUUCGAAUCCUGGUGAUUUUUCACAAAAUUCUUACAAAAAAUGUGGUUUAGGUGAAUAUUUUUGUCAUUUCUAGAUUUUAGGGCAGAAUUGGUUUUCAUAAGAAUUUAAGGUAUUUGUUAGGGAUCUUAGUGGGGAGGUCUAUGGAAGAAGGGGGUACUUUUUUAUGUGGUAUAGUGGGAUGUAAGUUGGAGUAUUGAUCAGAGGAUCACGAGUUCGGACCCGGCCGGGAACGGAGUUUUGGUUUUUUUUUUUGUUUUUUUAAGCGAUUUCCAAUAGAUUAUGUGCAUUUGAGUUCUAUGAGAACGCUUUGAACCACUUUUGAGGUCAUAGCCUAGUGGAGUGUGUGUUUGAUUAUUGACCAGAAGGUCACAGGUUCGGAUCCUGUCGAAGGCGGAUAUUUUUUUUGCACUUUUUAUGUUAAACUUUUUUGAGUGUUUUUUUACUGUUGAGGCUUUCACUGUACUUUUUCUCUUUAUUUAGAGACUUUUAAUUUUUUUUAAGUUGGUAUAUUUUCCAUAGAAGGUGGCUAUCGGCAAACUGAUGUAGGAACUUUUCAAGAGAAUCUUUUGUACUUUUCACUUUAUAAAUUAAAAAAAAGAUCCAGUUAGCUUCAAGUAUUGAAAAGAAGUCAUUCAUUUUAUUUUAAUUGGUAGAUAUUCUUUAUGAAAAUCUCCUUUUCAUCGGCUAUAAUUUCUCGGUUCCACCCAAAAUUAUAACAAUUAAGUUUCUCCCAGAAGCCUUUGAUUAUUUCCAAAAAGAAACCAAUCACUAGGUUGGAUUUUCCAUUUUUUUUUUGUUUUACUCAUCCCCGCAAAAAAGCGCCGCUCGUCUGUUUUAUGGCCCAUGAAAGUGUGUGUUAUUUUGACGGCAGGAAAACGAGGUGCCGGCCGAAAAUCACCCAGAAAAAAAAAAGAAGAAGAUUGAGGUGUGGAAAAUGUCGUUGACUUUGAGUUAUUACAUGCCGCUUUUUACCCUUACCUACAUAUUAUUUUUCGCUGCGAAAAAUUGAGGGGAAAGGUUUUUUUUUUUUGGGAUUUUUCGAUUUUAAAGGAAAAUCGAUGGAGUUACUCCUAUUUACCGUUGAUUUGAACGAUUUGAAAGGAAGGUCUUGACAAGAUUCGAAAAAGAGCGUGUGAAAAGGAGAGGUUUAGACAUUUCUGUCUUAAGCUAACGGUCAAUGGGAUAUAGCGACUGAUAAAUUUCCCUAUCCUAGAUUUCGAAUAAAAGGGCCUAGAUUUCGAAUAAUGGCCUGGAUUUCGAUUAACCCGUUGUUUGGAAAGUUAGGCCUCCGCUCUUUUCCGUCUUUUCUAACACGUUUUUUUCCAUAUAUACCUAUUUUAGAGCCAUUUUUUGAGAUUCUAGUCAUUGUACUAUCUGAAAACGUGUGGAAUUUGUGAGAGGAAAAAAUUUUUGGGGUUUUUUGAUUUUAAAGGAAAAUCGAUGGAGUUACUCCUAUUCACCGUUGAUUUGAACGAUUUGAAAGGAGGGUCUUGACAAGAUUCGAAAAAGAGCGUGUGAAAAUGAGAGGUUUAGACGUUUUUAGCGACUGAUAAAAUUCCGUGGCCUAGAUUUCGAAUAACCCGUUAUUUGGAAAGUUAGGCCUCCGCUCUUUUCCGUCUUUUCUGAUACAUUUUUUGCUUGUUUAACUAUUUUAGAACCAUUUUUUUAACACUCCAGUAAUUUUACUAUCUAAAAAAACAUAUGAAAUUUGUGAGAAGAGACGAUUUUUUUGCGGGAGAAAGUUCGAAAAAAAGCGAUAAUUCAAAAAAUUCAUUAUUUCGGCUACUUUAAAUUUUGAAUUCUAGCCAAAAGUUGUCUCGCAGCUUUGAAAUUUAUUACUUCUUUUUGGCAAGGUUAAACGGGGUUGAUUUUCCUAUUUCCUCUCCAGAAACCUUUUUUUCAAAAUCACUAAAAAAUCCCAAGAAAUCCAUGAUUUUCAUUUCUCGGACAUUCUGCAAAGUCGAAAAAAAACGCAAGAAAAAUGAUCCUCGAUGGGACAUUAAUCACGCUGAAAAAUUGUAUGAUGAAGGCAACAAAUGGCGCUCCAUUCCAAAAAUCCUACAGUACCCGCUUGGCGCCAUCCCUUCGUCCAGCUUCUCUCCCUUUAUCACACUCUCUCGGCCCGCCGAAGGCAACACCACCGCCGACGGCCGAUAACCAUCGGAAAAGUGUGUUUGAGGGUGUUGUCGCAAAUCGAUUCAAGCGCCCCUUUUCUUUAAUGUGUCACCAUAUUUCGCACCUCUCCUUGUUGGCGCGGCGGUUCUGAAACAGAUUCCGUUCGAUUGGCCCGUUAAUUUUCGACGCUAGAAGAAUUACGGCCAAUGCGGGUGGUGGAGGACGAAAUAGCCGAGGAAAAAGAGCUAGGAAAAAACAGCCGCUGGAGAAGUGAGCUUGUAUGCACCAUUGAUAACUGAGGCUCACAGCGAGCUUUUGUUGAGUGUUCUUAAAGGUAGAGGAAGAAAUUACAGUCUGAUUGAUGCUGAGCAAGAAUCCUGAGCUUCUCGGAGACUUGUUGAAGGAAAAAGCAACAAGCUGAGCUUUCACUAGAAGCUCACUAGGGAACGUUUUUUCUCACAAGAUCUACCGCGAGAAAUUGUUCUCUUGAUCUUCAAUCAGAAGGUCCUAAAGUACACUUCAGCAAAGUUUCAGCAAAAGUUCAACCGGGGGUGUAAAAAAACGUUCCCUGGUCAGCUUGAAGCAAUGGACAGAAGUUAGCUUUUGCGCUCCAUGGACAAUUUUGUGAGCUCUUUGAAAUCCCUGAAAAAUAUAGCCUCCAGAAAAACACCAAAGAAGAUGAAUAAUUGAAUUUUAAGAGCUUCAGGGCUUUACUGAUCAUUUUCAUUAGUUUUUUAGAAUUUUGAAAAAAUGGCUUCGACAAAAUGAGCUUGUGCGCUCUGUGGUGAAGAACUAGGUUGAUUAAUCAAUUAUUCAAUUUUCACAUAAGAGUGAUGACGUCCCUAAAGGGGUCACUAGGAAGCUCAGAACCGUCCGGGGCGCAUCUGAUGUUUAAGAAUGAACUUUUUUUGCUAGAAUUUUGGAAAAAAACGAAGAAAAGAGAUUAUAAAAAAAUCCUUAUAAAUAUGAAUAAUCAUGAUUUUGGUUUUAUGGAGAGUAGAGUUAUGGCAGAAAGUUUGAAAAAUCGAUUGAAAAUACCAUUUUUUCGAGUUAUUUCACGAAAUUUUAGGGUUCCUGAUGGUUUAAAAGUAGAGCACCUUUCAAUGAUUUUUUUUAAAAAUGAGGGAGAAAAUUUCCUUGUAAAGAGACCUUUUUCGCACCUGGCGGCUAAAUUUUGUCAAUAAGGCUCAAAUUUGAAGCUCAAUUAAUUUUUAUCUAAGAUCCAUUUUCACAUUUUUUACGGCUCAAGUCAAUAAGUUAUCACCUAGACUAACUGAUAAAAGUUGAGUAAGCAAGAAAAAUGAGCCGGCAAAAAAAAAGCACGGAGCAUCUCUCGAGUUGGCCCUGGGCUUUCGAGAGCCGGAGGCCAUUUGUUAUCGGCGGCUUCCUUUGAAGUCGCCGCCCGCCGCCUUUUAUCCCUUGUCAGCCAAUCGAUCUCCAAUACACUUUUUUUCUGCUUUUUUCCUGAGAUUCUGGUAUUUUUGGGGCCUGGAUGAGUCAGGUAAGCGGAGAGGGAUUUUAAAAAAGAUGCGAAAAAAUCCAUAAAUUUUAGUUGAUUUUUGAAAUUUGGUGGUUUUUUGAAUGGGCACCAUAGUAGUUCAGCUUGCUGGAGAAUGGACUGGAAGGUUUUUUGAUGCCACAGGGCUCAAAUACGGUAAAAGUAGGUCUUGCAACGAUUUCUUCCGUUCUGCGCCUAUAAAAACUUUCCUAGUAGAGCGCGAAUGGACUAUAGGGCUUACUUUUGUGUUUUUUUUUCCAAUUUAAGAAAUAAAAAUCCACAUUUUUUUUCAAGAGUUUCUUGGAUAUCACAAUAAUCGAAUAAGCUUUUCUCAAACCGAUACCGGGAUUUUUUGAAAAUUUGGGUUGUUCAACUGUUUCGAGUGCAAUAAAAAAAAUUGUAUUAGAAAUUUUUCUCCUGAUUAUCAUGAAUAUUUCUUGAAAUUAAUUUAGAUUUUUUUUAUGUUUUUGAGGAUUUUUUUUGACGUUUUAAGAUUAAUUAUGCUCAUUUCUAGACCUUUAUCCAGUAGCAAGGGUUUUUCGAUGAAUCAGGAUUUUUUUCAAGCUUUUUCAGUAUUCAUCCUCAUGUAUUUUAUUUUUUUUAAGUGAGAAAUUGAUCUUCAAAAGCUCAAAAUGUUUUUAUUUUCAAAGGCUUGGAUUGCAUGUGUUUCACCGCGUUUCUUCAAGCUCAUUUUUUAAAAUUUAAGGAAUGAGGCUGAAAAAAGGCUUUUUAGAACCCUCUAGGGGCCACUUGAAACGCGAUAAGCUGCAAAUUGCUGUGGUCAUUGACUUGUAACCGUUUUAUUUGGAUUAAAAUCCUUUUGAUUUUUACUAUAUCCCCUUGAGUGACCACUUGGAACCGUACCUUCUAAGAUUUUCAUUCAACUUUUCUUUCUUCUUGUAACCUUGGAACGUGUUGUUUUACAUUUCCGUUCUGAUCAACUUUUCACAAAAGCUUCUGAAAAUAAAGUCAUUUUUUCAUAGACCGCUGUGAUGAUUCUAUUAAGGGAGUUGAAAAUCUGUUCCUCCAGUCUUUUUGAAGAUUCUGAAUGCUCGAAACAGUUGGAUUUACUACUGAAAAACUGAAAACCCCUCGUCCUACCAUAACCCGCCGCCAAAACGCUCCCUUUCGAUUCCGAUCGAUUCGGCAUGCUGUUGAGGCGAUUCGAUUCGCUCCUCCUCGCGGCAAAAGUCACAAAAAGGCAAAACCGAACGUUGAGCGAUGUUUAUCGGCGUCGCAAAAUAUGGAGGGACACUGUUUUGUACGAGGAAAAUUCAUUCAUUUUGGAUGUCGAGGAGCUUUUAGGAAAUGAUAAGGUGGUUUGUAGCGAACUUUAAGGUCUUUUUAGAGAUUUUUGGAGUUUUUUGUAAGAUAAGCCUGUUCAAGAAGUGUUCCUGAUGUUGAACAAGGUUAAGCAGAGAACUUGAUUUAAUGGGAUUUUGGUAAGCUUCACGGCCUUUCUGAGCUCUUUUUUAAGCUUCUCUGAUUUUUCCCAGCAAGUUAAGGUUAUCUGGGAAGCUUUUUGAAAAGUUCUUAUAUUAUUUUCAUGAAUUUUUGUAGUUCUGACUUUAGGUUAAGCGGAGAACUCGAUUAUAGAAGUUUGUUAGGUUUCACGGCAUUUUUGAGCUUUUUUUUAAGCUUCUCUGAUUUUUUUUUCCCGUUGAUUGAAGUUAUCUGGGAAGCUUUUUGAAAAAUUAUUUUUUUAAAAUGAGUUUCACGGCAUGUUUGAGAUUUUUUAAGCGUCUCUGAUUUUUUUCCCCGCCAAUCUGGGAAGCUUUUUUGAAAAUUUUUAUUUUUUUAUGAGUUUCAUGAAUUUUUGUAGUGCUUAGGGAGUUGUUGAGCUCUUUCCUAACCGUUCUGGAUUUUUUUUUUCGAGUGUUGCUAGAAGGUUUUUAAGCAGUUUUUCAAUGCUCCAUGGAUUUCAGUAGGUUGUAGAAUAAUUUUGAAGUGUUUUGAAUUUUUUUUUCACUGGAAAUUUAGAUUUAAAGUGAAUUUUUAACUUCAUAACGCUUCGGAAAGGGUUUUCGGACCGAUUUUCCAAAAAUUUCGGUAUGAAAUUUCUUUUCAAGACGAGCCAAAACAUUUACAUACAUUGGAAUAGUCAUAUUGUUCCUUUGUGAUGCCGUAAAAUGUACAUAUGCGAAAAUAUACACGAAGACACACGGCAGCUGUCCCGUGUUGUCGUCGUCGCCGCGGCGGCCCUCAUCUAAUCUCAUGAUUUACGGUAGACCUUACACUCGGCCGUCGGUUUUCCUUAAGCCGACGACGAACCUUGGAAUCCGAAGCUUCUUAAGCUUAAGCUUGCAGGCUUGUUUGAGGUGGGGAAACUGGCCUGGUGGAUUUUUAUCGGAUCAGGAAAAAAGUUGAAAGUUGGGACUUGUUAGAAUCAAAGUUGAGGAUUGUAUCAAGAUCUGGUUUGAGCUGGAUGGAGCUUGAUUAGAUUGGAUUUUUCUGAUUUGGAAGUUUGAGAUUGAGCGCUUGUGAUUAAACUUGUCGGAAGGGGGGAGGGGGUUUAGCUGAACACCAGGUAAAAACGAUUUCUAAGCUGAAGGUGAUAGCAUGGAGGCUGGAAAUCCAGAAUAGAUAUUUCUUCGAGGGUAUGCUUGGAACCGCACGCAAGCAUAAACAGCUCAAGCAGCCGACCAGAAACUACUUACGCGCGGCGAUUUUUUUUUUUUAACUUUGAAACGUUAACAUCGCCUCGAGCCAUUCUAAAUGCGGUUACUUAGAACUUUAGUUCUUCCUGACAGAAAAAAAACUUGGAAACCUACUGCCUCCCAAUUACUUACUGUAAUCGGUUUUCCUGCCGAAACAGGUCCGUCCACAUACAUUUUAUCAUUUAUCAACUUUUUUCCACAGUCAUUUGAUAAAAAAGUUGAGAAAUGGGAAUGAGAAUAGGAAGAGAGAAAUCACGCGACGUACCUUGAUAAGUUCGCUGUGAUAAUGAUCGAUUAGUGGCGCCUGUUACCGUAACCCUCCUGAUUUCUUGGCUUUUUUCGUGUCGAGAGGUUGAUUUUUCGGAAGUAGGAAUGUUUGGUUUAUUGAACUCGUGUCCGAAAAAUAUAAUGAAAUAUCUUGAUACUUGCAAAAGUAUUUAUAGUUGAUCCGAACCCUUCGAAAUGUAAUAAAAUAGCUUGAGACAUACGCUAGGAGGAUAAUUAUAUGUGUAACAAUUGCGGAGCGGUUUUCCCAAAAACGCACCCGACUUGAAAUGACUUACGCCCCGUUGCAUAAAAUAGAAUUUUUGUGGAUUUAUGCUCUCGAUUCCGUUCCUGCUCUUCGCAGAGGGGAUGAUGAUAAACGAUUUUUCCAAAACGCGCCCGACUUGAAAUGACUUAAGCCCGGUUGCAUCGAAAAACCUUGCAAGGUCUGCUGUUUGACCAUUGAGCCAUUCCAAGUGCGACCAGGAAAAAAGUACUUUAAAUCUACAAAGGCUUUACGAAUUUUUAUGUGAAUUUUGUAUUUUAUAUGUAUAUUUUCACUAUCAGAGACGUUGACUUCGAUUAUUUUUUUCCAGGAUUCAAAGGAAAAUAUUUAUAGUUUAAUGUUUAAAAGCUCUUCCUGGUGUUUAAAGGAGUGUACCCAAAUUUAAUAGGUCUUGAGACGAAAAGCCGUUUUUAGUUUUCUGAAGCUUCUGCGCCUCUGAAAAACUAACAGGGCUUUUUCCGGAUUUUCCUUCUCUUUUGACUUUACCGUAACCAUAUUUGUGGGAAAGAACAGUUUGCGGUUCCUCCGGCAACACGGAGGCAUCUGGCAAGGGGGAGGACGGAAAAAUUGCGGAGCCGCGUUGUCGCGACCUGACAAAGACAAGUGACUGCGGCCAGUGGCCGUUCUUCCUUUUUCUCUUCUUUUUGGGGGAUUUUCGGGUUACUGUCAAGUAGAAUAGGAUGUUGUGGAGAAGAAAAGGAGAUUAUGAGAUGGAAAAUUGAGAAAAAAUGAUUUUAUGAUUUUUUACAAUUUUUUUUUGAGGGAUAUAAAGUGGAUGGAUUAGUGACGGGAAUGAGAAAAAAAUUGAUAAAAUUGGAUGAUUUUUUUCUCCAGUUUUUUUAACUAUUUUAGCGAGGAUGUAAGAUGCGAAAGCGCCUUUUUUUAAGGAUAUUCAAUUUUUUUUGGUUUUCUGUAGUCUGGAGCGACAGAUUUCAAGAGGAAGACUGAAAUUUCGACCUUGAAUAAUUGAAAAAAUACGAUUUUAUAUAAAUUUUGUAUUUGAGCCAUUUCUAAGGAUUUUUUUUUAAAUGAUAAUCUUUCAGAAAGUCUUCUGAGAAUUCUGGUCCUUUUUUGACAUAUUUUCGAUUUUUAUUGCUCUGGAUGAAUUUUUUGGCUCCUAAUCAUCAGAAUUCGUCCUUUUUCCUUUCCUGGAACUUGCCGGAAGUGAAUCACCCCCGUCAGGUCAUAAACUAUAACUGUACUCGCUGAGAAAACCUGAUUGUAACUUGGUUGUUGGGCGAAAAACAGAAAGAUAGCACGGCUACCGUAACCCUUUCUCCCUCUUUUUCUGCUUGGCCGCCUUGCAGCCCUAUCAAUCGAUUGAUUGUUCGGCCGUUCACAGAGGUGUGAUAGGGGUUUUGAGAACUUUUAGAAACGUUUGAGAGAAGUUGGAAGCUUCAGAGGUUUUGUAGAAGUUAUCAAAGGACUUGGGAGUUUUAAAAAGGUUCUUGGCAUAAUUUUAGAAAAUCAGGAAGCUUUUGGAGUCUGUGUGAAAAAGAAUUCGUAUAGAAGUUUUAAGGGCUCUUUGGAAUUUUUAGAGGAAUUUACGGACGUUUAGAAGUUGUCUGGAAGUUUAGAGGAAUUUACAGACUUUUUAGAAGUUGUCUGGAAGUUUAGAGGAAUUUACCGACUUUCAAAAGUUGUCUAGAAGCUUAGAGGAUUUUACGCGUUUUUGGAAGUUGUCCAGAAGCUUGGAGGAAUUUACGGACUUUUUAGAAGUUGUCUAGAAGCUUAGAGUUUAAGGGCUCUUUGGAAUUUUUAGAGGAAUUUACGGAAAAGUAAUUUAAGGACUUUUAGAAGUUUUUCAGAAGCUUAGAGGGAUUUAGGGACUUCCAGUAGUUGUCUAGAAGCUUAGAGUCAUUUACGGACUUUUAGAAGUUGUCUAGAAGCUUUAUUUCAAGUUUUGAUUCUUUUAUUUUCACUUACCCGUCGUAUAAAUUUAUCAUUAGAGCUUUUUUUAAAGUUAUACUUUUAAAUGAAAUCAGAGUUUUACUACUCGAAAAAAAGAUGAUUUCGAGUUAAGCUCCAACUGUAUAUUCUUUCAAUUUCGCCCGACCGGAAGUAAUAUCUAAAUUUCGAUAGGAUAUGAGGAUUCGAAAUUGUUGAGAUGAAGAUACAUUUAAUUUUGGGAGGGAGAUGGUGGCGACGAAAUUGAAGCCAUUCAUCAGCGACGCCGCGUGUCGCUUGAUUUGUUUCCACCACCACCUUGGCCAUAUUUCCUAUGGAUUUUUGAGGGUCUGGAAAUCAUCGUGGAGAUUAUGAAGGGUUAUAGUUCAUUAGGAGGGCUUCUGGCUCACUUUGUAAGAUUUUAGAGCUGAGAAAACCUCUGAGGAGCGGAUAAGCCUUUGAGCUAAUAGCCGAAUAAGCCGUUUUAGGCAUUUUUUCCUUUUUCGUGAUUUAAGACUCAUGAAAGCAUGAAAAACUUGUCACAUUUUUGGCUUUGUUUCAGUUGAAAAAAUCUCAAACUGACGACUUUGAAGCCUUCUUUUUUAUAAUCUUCAAGAUCUUCCACACCUCAGCCUUCUUAUGAAUUUUAAAGGGAUCUUUUUGGAAGUUUAUGGAACUUUUCAGUCAAGUACAGCAUUUUUCACGAAUUUUUGAAGUUUUCUGGGUUGACAUGAGCUUUUUACUCUUUCAGGUCUGUUUUUGUAGAUUUUUAAAGGAAAAGAGAAUAUUGAAGGAAUCUUAGGAAAGAACGAAGUUUCAAUAGAAAAGGUUGUUAAGUUGAGAAGACGUAACGCUAAUACGAUGACGUCAUCGUCGGUGAGAAGCUUGCGUAACUUGGAGAGGACUCGAUCCGGAGAGUGCCAGAUUGACAGCGGAGAUCCUUAGCCACUAGACUACAAUGAAACCUUGGGAUCGAACUUGAUAGGAACUUAUCCAAGAAAAGAAGUUUGCAAGAAAAAUCAGCUUGUACUGUUUGACGUCAUAGGUAAUUUUCAGCCACUUGACUAGGAUUCAUUCAUCUUCAUUCGAGUAUUUAUAGUACCACUUAUCAGAAAGUUACGACGAUUUUCAGUUCUGUAAAGAAGCUUUGAAGUGGUGCGCCACGCUGUUGACAUCAUUAAAUUCGAUCCAGAGACUCCUAGCUUGACAGAAAACAUCCGAUUAGUACAUAUCCACAACAAAUGACGUCAUAGACAAGCCGAGUAGCUGUCUGUCAGUGGUACGUGUCGUGUGUGGGUACACGGAAGAUGACAACUGACAGGGGCAACCGUCGGGUCGUCGGGGCUUACAACGCGCAAAACUCGCACGUCGUCCGUCUUGUCCGCUCGUGUCGACGGCGGCGGCUCUUUUGUCCGUCUAAACUUGUCACUUUGUUGCUCCUCAACUUUGAUUUUUUGUGUCAAGGAGGUACAGUAGAGCUUUGAUAAUUCGUUGUUUGAAAAAAAAAAGUCGAGGAUCAAGUUGGAAAAUUUGAAGAAAUUGAUUGAAGUCGUGUAUCAUUGGAAAGGUCAAAGCUGGUAGAAUCGAUUGGUAUAAUCACUUUAACUGUUAAUUUGGAAGUUCUGCAACUUUGAAGGCUUUUGUUAAUGAUUCCUUAUCUCUUUACCGGCGGCUCUUUUUUCCUCCGAACUUGUCACUUUAUUGCUCCUCAACGAGAUUGCGAUUCUAGGGAUCACUUAAGAGUUCUGACACUACUAGAGCGGUCACUUUUCUAGGGAUCACUUAAGAGUGCAGACGCUACUAGAGCGGUCAAUUUUCUAGAGAUCACUUAAGAAUUUUGACGCUACUAGAGCUCACUCUUCUAGGGAUCACUUAAGAGUGCUGACGCUACUAAGGUGGUCACUUUUCUAGAGACACUUAAAAGUUCUGACGCUACUGAAGCGGUCACUUUUCUAGGGAUAAUUUAAGAGUUCUGACGCUACUAAAGUGGUCACUUUUCUAGGGAUCACUUAAGAGUUUUGACGCUACCAAAGCGGUCACUUUUCUAGGGAUCACUUGAGAGUUCUGACGCUACUAAAGUGAUCACUUUUCUAGAGAUCACUUAAGAGUGCCGGCGCUACUGAAGUGGUCACUUUUCUAGGGAUCACUUAAGAGUUCUGACGCUACUAAAGCGGUCACUUUCCUAGUGAUUACUUAAGAACCUUUAUAAAUAACAUAGUAUAUUUUACCCAAUUUUCAGGUACCAAAGGCGGCGAAUCGAAACGAACGCGGCAGACCUACUCGCGGAAUCAAACCCUCGAGCUUGAGAAGGUUAUUUUUUAUUCUAUAUGAAAAUGAUAAAUGUCCGCACUUUCCAGGAGUUCCACUACAACAAAUACUUGACGAGGAAACGAAGGCAAGAGAUUUCCGAGAGCUUACAUCUCACUGAGAGACAGGUUAUUCAUUUUUCUUCAUUUGACAGCAUUUGAAUAAAUGGCUUUAUUCAUCGGUUACUGUAGAAAAGAUUCGUGGGUUACUGUAAAAAAAAUGUUUUAUCCAAGAAUCCUUAUCAAUAAUUGAGUCAAGACCAAGUUACCGUGUGGAAGAAUUUGAAAAAAAUUUGAUGAGGCUAAAAAUUAGGCAUUUUUCCUAGUGUCUUCAGGUCCAUCAAAUUUUCGAAUUUCAACCCCUUUUUUCCCAAUUUUCCGAAUCCGUCACGCUUUUUCAAAACAUGGUCUUUGUCAUAUCUAAACAAAUUUUUUUAGGUCCAAAAAACCUCAAUAAUUGAGUCAAGAUCAAGUUACUGUGUUUGAAAAAAAAAAUUAAUAAGGCUGAAAAUUAGGCAUUUUUCCUAGUGUCUUCAGGUCCAUCAAAUUUUUGAAUUUUAACCCCUUCUAUCUUAAUUUUCCGUAUUCCGUCACGCUUUUUCAAAACAUCGCCUUUGUCAUACCAUGAAGAGCCCAAAAAUGCGACAAAAUUUGAAAAAAGAACGGGCUUCUCGUGUUUGAUUUUGCCGACGGCGGCGAGAUCAAAAACCCGCCGUCGGUCGGUUGCGCCGCUCCUUUUUGCCGCACAUGUUGCCACUUUUGGGCCUUUCAAACGCGCCGGAAACACAUGUGUGUGUUCCGUCGAGAAUUUCAAAAAUUUUCACGAUUUUUGACGUCUUUGAACUAACAAAGAAGGUCAUUUUACUUUUUGGUUGGGAAUUUUUCUGAAACUUUGCCAGAAAGCUUCUUGAUGUACUAUAUAUAAAUACUAGAAGUCUGAACCUGCAAAAAUGCCUAGUUUUUGAGAGAGGAGACCUCAAAGUCAAAAGAAAACCUUUCGAAAUCCAAAAAUCGGCUAUUUUUGGAGCUUUGAGCCCUCAUUUCUCCAAAACUAGAAAGUUUUGAAGGUUGAGACUUUCAGAGUCUUCUCCUGGUACAUCGAGAACUUCACUUGCCAAUUCCUGAAUCGCUAGGUAAAAUGACCUACCUGUAUUGAAAGAGCUUGUAAAAAGAGUGCUCUUUUGAAAAAAAAACAUUUUUGCUCCUCAAAAAGGUUACAAAAAGGACACUCAACAGCUUCAGGUGAAAGUCAGUUUUCUUGAUGUGCUAGAUAUGUAUAACUUCUAGAAGUCUGAACCUGCAAAAAUUCCUAAUUUUUAAGAAAGGACAGCUCAAAGUCAGAAAAAUCAGUUAAAAUAGCCUAUUUUGGGUCUUUAAGCCAUAGGAAGUUGUGCAGGUUGAGAAAUCCAAAAUUUUCUUCUGGUACUUCGAGAAUUCAACUGGCCGAAUUUCAAAAAAUUCCUGAAUCGCUAGGUAAAUUGAGCUACCUGUGUUGGAAGUACUCGUGAAAGGGGUACCAUUUUUUGAAAAAAAUAACAUUUCCCUCUUCAAAAAGGCUAUAAAAAGGUUAUUCAACAGCUUCAGGUGAAAAUCUGGUUCCAAAACCGGCGAAUGAAGCACAAGAAGGAGAGCAAGGGCGACGGCGAAGGCGGCAACGGGAAUGAGUCGGACGAGUCGACGCAGGACGACCGACCGCAACCCUAA